AUCACUAUACGCUAUGAGAAGGCCCAUAGAUUUUGGAUAUAAAGAAGCAAUCAGAAGUCACACACAGAGACCAAAAACCAUGACAUAAACACACAUAAGCUAAGCUUUUGAGCCAAAUCCGUUCAUGCAUAUCAAGAAGAAGGCACACACUCCCAAAACAUUCCCUCCCCGAACAACCAUCACCAAAUUUGCAGACCCAAUUAGUACUUAUGCUGAUUAAUCUUUGAAGAUCCUAUCAAAGAUGAUGUUAGACCAAAUUGAAUAUUCUAGCCCCACAGCAGAAGAUGAUCAUGAGGGUUUUAGCUGCAUGAGCUCACUUGAAGCUGCUGGCAGUGUGAAGAGGAAGAACAGCAAAAACAAGAAGAGAUUCAGUGAUGAACAGAUUAGAUCAUUGGAGUCUUUAUUUGAGUCUGAGUCAAGGCUUGAGCCAAGGAAGAAGAUGCAAUUGGCCAAGGAGCUGGGUUUGCAGCCAAGACAGGUUGCAAUUUGGUUUCAGAACAAGAGAGCUAGGUGGAAGUCCAAGCAGCUUGAAAGAGACUACAGCAUACUCAGAGCCAAUUACAACAACUUGGCAUCAAAGUUUGAAGCUUUGAAGAAAGAAAAGCAGGCCUUGGUUAUUCAGUUGCAGAAGCUGAAUGAUCUGAUGAGGGAAAGGCCAGAGGAGGAGAGGCAGAGCUGUGGUGAAUCAGACAAUGGAGAUGCAGCUAGGUCUGAAUCUGAUCAGGUAAAGCUUAAUCAUCUGUCACUUGAAAAAUCAGAGCAAGGAGGUCGUGGGGUUUUGUCAGAUGAUGACAGCAGCAUAAAGGCAGAGUAUUUUGGUCUUGAAGAUGAACCAAACCUUGUGAGCUUGGUUGAAUCUGCAGAUGGGUCCUUGACAUCAACUGAGGACUGGGGUAGAUUGAAUUCUGAGGGUUUCUUUGAUGAGUCAAUUAGCAGUGAUUAUCAGUGGUGGGACUUCUGGUCUUGAAAAACAGAAAAAUUAAUGUGUUCAUCUUAACUGGAGUCAAGAGAGCGAGAGAGAGAGAGAGAGGGCAUGCGUGUCAAUUCAUCACCAAUCACAUUAGAUUUUGAGAAACCCUACAAAUGCAUCUGAAUGAGGACUGAGACCAAAAAAAUUAUGGGGAUCAUGUGGGAGAGGUAGAGCCACAGCAGCAAAGGCAAGGCUUUCUAGGAUUUGAAUGAGCAAUGUGUGCCUAUGUAUAGGCCCAAAAGCCAAACACACACGGACAUAUUUAUGCAUUCAAAUCUCAACUAGAGUUUUGUAGGUGUUGGUAUAUAUGCUAGCUGCUCGACAUUGAACCCUGAACACUUUGAUGUAGCCUCUAACAUAUGUGAAUUUGUUCUAUUUCUGUUGCCAAUUUGCCCAUUUACACACA